GAAUACAUUAUAUGAUAUUUUAACUAUACAACUAUGAACUAACUCUCGAAACAAUCUGAUGUAUAAUUUCAAGCUUUUACUCUACAACUAUAACACACGUAAAUAUUUUUUAAAAAUAUUUUCGUGUUUUUCGGAAUCCAGAUAAAUAACCGCACAGCAACAACACGCCAUGGAGCUGACUCAACGGUUGGAGAGUACACAACAAACAUUCGGAAAUACUUCUGAAAUACGGGGUCCUGAACAGAUUGGUUUUUUAGGAAUAUGUGGAACUAAGUAUCCAGUUGUGAAAGGGCCAAACAAGAUAGGUAGAGAUCCCCAAACAUGCAAUAUUGUUCUAAAUCUAAAUUCCAUAUCCCGUCAACAUGCUGUGCUCAAUGUAUUAAAUAAAAAUAAUUUCAUGCUGAUGGACCUUGAUUCAGCAAAUAAAACAAAACUGCAAGAUAAAACAUUGGAUCCUUACAUUCCCCAAGCAUUACAAAAUGGAGACACUGUACAGUUUGGUCAAGUAUUUGGUAUAUUUAGAUUACUGGAAGAUGAAACUGAUCUACCAAUGACACAAGCAUUAGAGAUCCCAGAAACACCUGUCUUAAAAAAGCAUGUAUCUAAAAUAAACUACACUGCUAUAAUACCAGAAUCGCCAGAAGUCAGUGAUAGGGACGACUCAUUUAUUACUCCGUCACAGCCACAAAUAGUUAGUAAACACUCAAAUAAUUUUGUUAAGCCAUCUGGAAAACCAAGUUUUAAUAAACCAGGUAGUCAAAAUGAUAAAAAUAAUGUUAACUGGAAUUCUUCAAAGAAAUCAGAAUCAUUUCAAUUUGAUUCUGGUCUUAAAACUGUACAAGUUGUGUCUGUUAAAUCAGAAGAUACCAUCAACCAAAAAGGAUUUCACAAAUUACAUACACAAAUUACUGAUGGAAGUAUUGACAAUAAUAAAAACAAUGUGUCUAUUUAUGAAGCUGAUACACAAUUACCUUAUGAAGAUAAACUGAACUUUUCUAAUCUUACAAAUGAAACUAAGGCUAAUGGUCACAAAGAUGUUCACGAUUUAGAUACGCAAAUUCCUGAUAACUGUAAUGACCCCUACGAAUACAAUGCCUCUGUUUUUAAAGCAAACACGAAAAUGCCUGAUGAUUUUUACGACAUGGAGACCCAAGUUCAUGUUACAGACAAUUUACCAAAUGUUUGUACAAUAGAGACAUCAGUGCAUAUGGAACUUGAUAUAAACAAAGAUAUUAGUAUAUUUGAUGCAGAAACACAGCAAUUUUUUAUAGAACCAAAACCAGAAAACCAAACUGUAAAUGAAAAAUGUAAAAGUCAUGAAGCCUCUGACGAUAUAAUUCUUUUUGAUGAAAUUAGUAGCCAGUCCAUAGAAGAUAAUUUGGAUUCGCAAGCUAUUUUGCCAUCUAGUCCAAAUGCGAACUUAAGUAACACUCCAGAAAACGUCCGAAAUGUUGCUAAUUGUGAUGAUUUUGAUAAUUUGCCGACACAAAUUAUUACUACUAACUCUUCCGAAAGAAAUGAAGAACACAUUGAUGAUAUAGACAUUUUACCAACUCAAAUAAUUUUAACACAAAACAAUACAACUAACGUAAAUCCCCUGGGAGUUUCUAACAUAACAGAUGCAGAAGAAGACAUAACCGACUGUGAAGAUAAUUUAGAACAAAACCACGAGUCUACAAAAGACAAAGACACAAAAUUCGAAGAUUUACAAACACAAAUAAUAUCAGAGGAUCUUGAAAAUGGAAAAUCUAGUGAUGCUUCAAACUGUAAUUAUGAAGACAUGUUAACACAGGUGAUAGUACCAGAAGAAGAUACAACACUUAAAUGCAAAGUCUUAAAACAAAUUAUAACUAUCAACGAUAACUUUAAAGUACCGAAACCUACACCACGAAAAGUUAAAAGACAAAUGAACCUAACAGAAUAUUUAAACAAACCAAAUCCCCUCAAAAAGAAACCUGCAGUUUCUGAAGACGACGAUCCAAACUAUUACGCAGCUACACAAGAUAUUAUAGGAGAUUUAUGUACACAAACAGAUCCCCAAAAUAUUACUAAAGACUUAAAUGAUCCAGGUGACGAAACUAAAAUCAAUGAAAUAAUUUCUGGUUUAUCCAGUCAAGAAGUAAGAGAGAUAGUUGGUGUAGAAAAAAAAUCAAAUCUUAAAACAUUUCCCAGUGACAGUUCAGAUUGUGAAACUACACCUUCUAAACCAUUUAAAUUUAUGUGUACUGAUUUACCAAAUAGUCAAGAAAUAAAAACUAGUAUUACUGCUCAAAGCAAGACCAUCACAGAUGUAUUAAGUGAUUCUGAAUCCGAAAAAGAGUCUGAAGAAGGCACGCCAAUAUUAUUUAAAAAGAAGAAGAAACUCAGUGAAGUUAAGCUAGACCUACUGCGGAAGUUCGAUGCCGACGACCUGCCUACUAGAAUUUCUAUGCGAGUAAAAAAACCCACUAAGAGAUUCUUGAACAGUUCUAAAAGUGUUAAUGAAACUAUACUGAAGUCGCAUUAUAUUCCAGAUCAAGAGGAAAACAUUGAUGCAGACAUAGUUACUGAAAAUAUCUUGCGCCUUAAAAGUGAAAAGACAAGAAAGUCAGCAGAUGCUUCCAAACUUAAUUUUACAAAGGAACCAGAAGAAAUUCCCAAACGAGAAAAAAGGAUAACAGGAAUCAAUACCGAAGAACCGACUACCUCAAAGGAAACUAAAGCAAAGAGAACCUCAAAAUCUAAAGAUGGCAAAGUUAGUGAGACAAUUAAAGUAAAAAUAGUUAAACCUACCAAGCGCGGACGACCAAAAACAGAUAAGGCCGAAGAAAAACCAGAGACAAGUGACGAUGGGGGCUCUAUUACACGACAAACACGAAGUCGUGAGUCCAAAGUAAAUCUGAAAGGGAUACUAAAGAGACGGAGUUCAUACAAUGAUAUAUCGAAUGGAGUAGAAACUGAACCGCUCAGGCGAAGUCGAAGGCGAAAAUGUACGAAGGACGGUGACGAGAGCGAAGUCUAUAGUUCGUCUAAUAAUUCACCUGGACUUAAAAGACAUGCGUUUGCUAAUGAUGAACUACCCGCUAAAAAACAUAGACCGGCGACCUCACUUGGACUGCUCACAAAUUUGAGAGCAACCUCAGGGAGAAGACAGAAAACCCACUAUGUACUAUUCACCGCAUUCCCCGCUAACGAAGUAAAAAGCCAAUUGGAGAGUUUAGGUGCAGUCCUUGUUACUGACGUAAAAGCAUGUACAGUAGUGUUGACGCUACAAAUAAAACGGACAUUUAAAUUAUUAUGUGCGGUGGGGCUUGGGAAGCCUAUAGUUGGGCGGCAGUGGGUUCAAGCCUGCAUCGAUAACAACGUUAUUGUCGAACCCUGGUACUACUUGAUUCAGGACGAAGUCUCCGAACAGAGGUUCAAUUUCAAACUGGAGCAAACGUUGCAGAGCAAAAGGAACUUUCUUAAAGGCCUAUACGUCUCUUGCACGCCUAGUGUUAUGCCUAACGCUCAGGAGAUGAAAUUGAUCGUAGAAUGUUCGGGAGGCAAGUGGAAGGAAGCUUUAGCUGCUCCCAAAUCAAAAUGGCUGGUUGUGUCGACACCCGUUGAUAAGGCAUUGUGGCCCGCUAUCAAGAAGAAAGGUGGUAUUAUCGUUUCUAACGAAUUUAUUCUCGAUGGAGUUUUAAAACAGACAUUAGAAAUUGAACAGAAUAGAUUGGAUUAAUUGCGCGGGCGCAGCGAAUGGGCUAGUUGACAAUGUUUUAUUAUUUCAGAUAGACGACCUGAUAGAUAUGACCUAUACAAAUUGUUUAUUUAUAAUUCUGUUAUGGUUUAAAGAAAUAAUUUAACAUUCAUAAUUCCAAAAAACCGCCAAAACAGUUAUGAUCCAAAAGGUGGCGUGGCGGUUAUGAUAUGCCCUGUAAACUUCAAGGUUUUCAUGUUAAUCCAUUAAUUAAUAUUAUAAAUAAUUUACGCAAAGUCACAUAUAUUAUGUUUCGAUUAAAAUCAAUCUACGACGAAGUUGAACUCCAAAACAGUGAUAGGAAGACAUUAUGUACAAGUGUGAUAUUGAUUAAUGUCAUCAUAUGACAGUCGGGUAUAAAUAUUUUUAAUUUUUUGAAAAAUAUAAGAUUUUCCCCUAUAACGUUGUUUAAAGCACUAGUAACACUUUGCAUACUGUCAAAAAGCCCAUCGGCAAUAUCUGUCAAACGUCAUUUUUUUGACAUUGAGUAUUUAUGAGAUGAUCAAUAGAAGUGUUUGAAUAUGUGAAAUGUCAGAGAGACAUGAAUAAAGAAUAUUCUUAUUA